GUAGUGUUGGAGAGGACAUGGGUGGUGUAGGAAGAGGACUGAACUCAGUGCUGAGGUCACCUUCCACUGAGCAUCAUGGACCUGAGGCUCGUCUGCUUAGUUUCCUUCACAUUGACACUGAUUUCGGGGAGCGAGGCGGUGGACUGUUCUUGUGAACACGCUAAGUGUUCCCAGCUGGAUCCAGCAGACUGCAGCAACGGGGUUACUAAAGAUAUGUGUGGCUGCUGCACUGUGUGUGCCGGGGUCCUGGGCGAAGAAUGUGGAGGACCUUGGAACAUCUACGGUGACUGUGGCACUUCUCUUGAGUGUCACCAGGAGUCCUGUCCUCUUGAUACUGAUGAUGCUGACUGUUUCCUCUACUACCUCACACAGCCUGGGGAAUGUGUGGAGAAGAAGAGACGCUCUCUCCUCGACUUUUUCUCUGGUGUCGACAAAGUUGGCAUUCAGGAAGUCCGUGAGAGACGUCGUAUGCGUCUCCUGCAUCAACUAGAGAAAAUGAAGAAGUAAUCACCAUCAACCAAAUGUUCAAGAUCUGUUGCAAUACUGCGUCUCCAAUUUGAGAGCAAGAAAGACAUAAACUACAUUCGUUAAUGAACACAAUUUUCUAUUACAUAGAAGGUAAUUAUAUUUUAUAUCAUCCAAGCUUUUCAUUAUUAUUAUUGUUAUAAAACAAACACUAAACCCAUAUGGUUCAGACGGCACAGAUGUCCUUCAGCUAUAACUGUGACUAAGAUAAUAAGGUCGGGAAGCAGACGCAUGACAGUUGACUGUAUCACUGACAUGUCACUCAUGACACCAUUAAUUACCACUCCAUGAAUAAGUUUGUUGUACAUUCCUAGUGCGGGUUUACCAAGUAUAAUGGGUAUAUUUUAUUGAAAGGUGUAGGUCAGCUAAAUUAAGAAAAUAAUAGGUAAACUAAAAUAAAAAUCUAAGAGGCAGACUAUAAUAAAAAAUUAUAGAUAGUAACCUAAAUUAAAAAUGAAAGGUAAACUAAAAUAAAAAAUUAGAGGUAGACUAUACUAAAAUUGUAGAAGGUAAACUAAAUUAAAAAUGAAAGAGGUAAACUAAAAUAAAAAAAUAGAGGUAAAAAAAAUAGAGGUAAACUAAAACAAAAAAUUAGAGGUAGACUACGCUAAAAUUGUAGAAGGUAAACUAAAUUAAAAUUAUAAGAGGUAAACUAAAAUAAAAAAAUAGAGGUAAAAAAAAUAGAGGUAAACUAAAAUAAAAAAAUAGAGGUAGACUACACUAAAAUUGUAGAAGGUAAACUAAAUUAAAAAUAUAAGAGGUAAACUAAAAUAAAAAAAUAGAGGUAAAAAAAAUAGAGGUAAACUAAAAUAAAAAAAAAUAGAGGUAGACUACGCUAAAAAUGUAGAAGGUAAACUAAAUUAAAAAUAUAAGAGGUAAACUAAAAUAAAAAAAUAAAAGG